ACAAAUGAAUCCUAGUUACGGGUUGCAAAGGAAGCAACGCUUAAUAAAACUACAUUACCCACACACACACACGACACUUGAGGCCGAAGGUCGACGUGCAUUUAGAUGGGAGGUUAGCUACUUUGCAGCGCUCAUUUUCAAGCUAACAAUGUCAGAAGGGGACAGCGUUGGGGAGUCAAUCCAUGGAAAACCAAAUGUAGUCACCACCUUUUUUACACGGAUUGGACAGAUCUAUCAGUCAUGGCUCGACAAGUCGACGCCGUACUCUGCAGUACGAUGGGGUAGCACGCUUCUACUCACCGCUCUAUACAUGAUCAGAGUGUACAUACUGCAGGGUUGGUAUAUAGUAACUUAUGCCUUGGGAAUCUACCAUCUCAACCUGUUCAUCGCCUUUCUAUCGCCAAAAGUGGACCCUUCAUUGCUUGACGAAGACGAGGGCCCCGCCCUUCCUACAAAGCAGAAUGAAGAGUUCCGUCCCUUCAUUAGGAGGUUGCCUGAGUUCAAAUUCUGGCAUUCAGCCACAAAGGGCAUCGUCAUUGCCAUGUUUUGCACAUUUUUCGAUGCCUUCAACGUGCCAGUGUUCUGGCCCAUCCUUGUAAUGUACUUCAUCAUGCUCUUCUGCAUCACCAUGAAGAGGCAGAUCAAGCAUAUGAUCAAGUAUCGAUACCUACCAUUCACACACGGAAAGAGGACAUACAAAGGCAAGGAAGCCACAGGGAAAGCUUUUGCUAGUUAAAACCUCCCACUUUCCCUCCUCCUCGCUUGUAAUUUGCCAGUCAUCGUCCAUGGCGAGUGACGGGUUAGGUUAUUUUUUGUAAGGGGACUGUAACAAAGACAAUAUUUUUUGGAUCCAUGUCUGACAGUGUUGUAGGCGCAUACCAGCAGCACCGAUCAAUUAGUCUUAAAAUGGCCUUUGUCUGCGAGCAUUGUUGGAAGGUAGAGUUCUUUAGAGGGCUCUAAGACUAAUUUUACAUUUGGCCAACACUUUUUGAGUACCGGUAGUUAGAAAAACUCUGUGCUGCCUUUUGUGUUUUAAAAAUGCCCACUGAAAACAUGUACACUUUCAAUUCAUUUCUCCACAACCGGUGAAAUCAUUCAGUCAGUUUAGUUUUUUAUUAUAUUGCCACCAACUUGUUUGUGACAUGUGAUGUAUGUCAGUAGUGUUAGAUGUAAAUGAGGACAUAUGAAGGCAACAAAAUAGUUUUAAGGUCAAAUAAUUGCAUCACCUCAAAACAAAAGGGUGCUGCUGCUCUGAAGUCUAUUAGCUGUCUGACCUUGGUGCUAAAUUUAGAUUUGUGGUAUUUCACUUGAAUAUGCAUUCAUGAUAAACAUCACAUUUCAAAAUUUUUGAAUUGACUGUCAGUCUAUAGUUGGCUAUUUCCAGUUCUAAAUAUUUAUAUUGUUUGAAUUUUUGACUAUUCACCCACCUCAUUGGAUGCAUAUUUUAAGACAAGCCACACAAACAGGCUUUUGUCCCCACUACCCUAUACAGUAUAUGUAGUCCACAGUCACCUAGAUUCAGUUACUUACAGGGCAUUUUGCUUGAAAUGGCAAGUCCAUGAAUUUGCUUUACCUCAGAUUUCAACACUAUUAUUUACUGCACUCCUUGUCUGGAAAGAAUGCACCCAAAUGCUUAUAAUGAUGAUGAUUUUGGGCUCCAAACGGUGGUAAAAUAAUCAAGCUUGGAGCACAUUGAAGAUACACUGUGGCCAUUUUAUAGUCUUGUGUUGACUGCAUCCAUGCCUUUAUUUCGGAAUUCCUUUCUAAUCUAAUCUAUUUGGUGGGAGAUUUGGAAUGUUGUCAGUUUUCAGUGUUUGCUACACUAUAGUUUUCUCGGCACAGGGAAAUCUCUGGAAAAGCAAAAUUCAUUCUUGGACUAUUAGUGUUUCAAAGCCUAGGUGCCAUUAAUCUGAUUAGUGCUCAUUUGUUUGUUUGUAUUUCAUAUAAAGUGGCAUGUGUCAUUCCAAACAAACUGUUGUUCUUUUCUUUUGCAGAGGAGACAUAAGAAAACUCAGGUUGAGAGCUUUUAUUAUGUCAAAUGGAUGAAGUGGGUGGCGAUCACACGUUUUUAUUUUUUUGGUAUCCCUGAUGAUUUUUUUUUUUUUUUAAUAUUUUUUUUUGUUUCCUAAAACCCUGGAAAUUCUUGCCCUUACUGUACUUUGAACAGCACUGUUGUAAGGGAACAAAACAUUUUCUUGUGUAAAGAUGUUUUCAAAGGGUUCUUAAGAGGAUUUGUAUAUAUAUAUAUCUUUAAAUAUGACAUUUAAGAUUAUUUUUAUUUUUGUUUAGUUUUUUUCUCCAACAUUUAUAGAUAUAAAUCUGUUAGUGUUCAAAUAAAUUUCAUCUGAAAUUGUUUCGAAAAAAACAACUGGUUAAUUUGGUUCUUGAUUUGAUGCAUUCACUCUGUUUCUCAUGACUUGCAUGUCAUUGUUUUCUUGUGCAACAGUUCAAAAUUUGAUUUUAAUCAUUUAAGUGUAAUUUUUUUCACUUCAAAUGCUAUUAAAAGGAUAUGUCCCUUGAAACGGUACAAACGUGUGUCAAUAUUUUUGUU